UCGUCCCAUUGGUCCGAAGCAAGCCUGUCCUCCAAGUGGCAGUUCUUGAUAGGCUGACAUUGUCUGCAUCACUAAUCUCUAGGCUCUCAGGCAGGCUUCAGUUUGGCCCUCAUGUGGAAGUUGCCUCCUAGGCUGUGUAGGCCCCACUCACUGCUAAGCCGAAGUUUAUACGGAAGUGGCCACCACCUUGUCAGUGAGGCCUGCCUUUCCUCUUACACUGGCUGUGUGUAAAGGCACUUGGAAUGGAGCCCCUAGAGCAUCAUGAUGCUUUUACAUCCCUUGUGACUUUUGAGUCUUUGUUUCCUCAUUUUCAACAUGGUACUAUGGUUUGAAAUGUGCCACCCCAAUUCAUUAUUGGAAGCAUGACCCCAGUGCAGUGAUAGCAGGAGGCGGCCUAAUGAGAUGUGGUAAGUUUGCUUGUACAUAGAGUAGAGCAGUCACAGACUGAGUAGGCUUGUUGUUAUGGAAAAGGGUUGCAACAGUAUCUCUGGCCUGUGGGUUUUAUCUGUUGUGCACAAUUUCACCGUCUGUUCCAAUGCAACAUGAAAUCCCUCUCUAUACAUGACCUGUACAUCCCUUCCAUACAUGACCUGUAUGUCCACGAAAGCCCUUUCCAGACAUGACCUGUACAUAUAUGAAAGCCCUCUCCACACAUGACCUGUAUGCCCAUGAAAUCCCUGUUCAUACAUGACCAUAGGUCCUCCCUAACUAACAGCUAAAUAAACUUCUAUUCAUAAAUGACAUAGUCUGCUCUGAUCUAACAUUAGAAAGUAGAUUCUUACACACGGGGAUGCUCUGUUUAUCUUAUAGGAUCUUUGUGAGAAUUAAAUAAGAAGAUGCCAUCAAAGACCAGGCAACACAAUGCUUAGCACAGACUGCCAAGUGGGAACUGCUAGUCUGAAAUAUAUGUCUGGGUAGAUAGACCUAUUUUGUUAAUAAUUUAACCUCUUUUAAAAAUUCAUUUUCUACCUAACUAAUAACUUUUAAAAUAAAAAUAAUAAUGCAAAAUAAAGCAUACUUCUUAGUGAGUAUGAAUCUUUGCAUAGCUAUUUAGAAAACAUUUUAAAUCUGAGAAUCCUCUAAUUUUUUUUCAAAUAGUCUUACGCGCGCUCGACUGGCCAGGAAGAACGACGCUGCAACAGGAUCCUUCUGCACACGUUUAUUGGGAGAGCUUGAUUGUAGAGGCGAAAAGACCUCGAGCCCAGAACUGGUGCUCCUUUUAUAGGCCUAGGAGGGGCGUGUCUCACACCCGGAUUGGUUAUGCACUAAGCCUCAUUUGCAUGUUCCUCAUCUGAUUGGCUACUCUCUCUCAGUACCUUACAGAACCUCAUUAUCAUACCUCAUUUGCAUGUCUCACAUCUGAUUGGUUAUACUCUCAGUACCUUACAGAACCUCAUUAUCAUGCCUGGGCCAGGCAGUGUCUUUGCAAAAAACUUUACUGCAUAUGUACACAUUGGUUGUUUGUCCAAUCUUAUGCGUGGUGGCCAGCAGUAGUCAGUGCCACUCUGCAACGGCACAUGUGGCUUCCCACAAAAUAGGAGUGCUUUCAUUUAAAUUUUCUACAGAAAUAAGCUUAUAAUUAACAUCUAUUUUGAAAAGCAAUGUCAUCUUAGCUGUUACACAUGCUUUUUGAUAACAGAGAACAGAAACAUUCUUGGGCCCAUGUCUCAGCACAGACUUGCAUAAUGUAAAAGUCAUUAAGAUUUAUCAGGGAAGUCCUAAUUGUUGAUUUUUUUUUUUUUUGGCUCAUUAGUGGUAAGCCUCUAACAAAACGCAGUAAUGCUUAAUUAAAAUACACAUGUGGAAAAAAAAAAACAAAACAUGUCAUUGGCCGGACACAACAGAAAAGUGGCUGAGAUGGCUUGGUGGUAAGGCACUUGCCGCACAACCAGGAGAACAAACCAUAAGUUUGGAUGCUCAGCUCCUACAUCAAAAACUGGGUGUGGGAGGUUUGCAUUGGUAACCCCAGUUCUAGGAGAGCAGCAGAGACAGGUGAAUCCCAUGGGCUCACCAGCCAAGGAAUCUAACGGAUAUGGUGAGCUCCAAGCUUAGUAAAGAGACCCUGGUGGAGAGCAAUUGAGAAAGCCACUCAGUGUCGACUUUGGGGCUCACAUGUACCCACACACACACAUGUACAUACACACUAAGAAGUAAUCACUUGAGGUUUUUAAACUCGGAAAUGAUGGAGACCAUCGUUAGAGCUAGAGUUAGGCAACUUGCCAUUUGUCUCACACUCUGACUUACUAGAAAGUGGAUUUGAGUGGGUAUUUAAUGCCUCUGAACUUUAAAUUUCUUCAACAAAAACAAAACAAAACAAACAACAAACAAAAACUGGAGCUGGAAACAAAUUGCAAAAGUGCUUUCAGGUCACUUUCCCCCUGAAAGAAACAUGACAAAGGGAAUAGGGAUGUGCCACCGAUGAUACAUGAUACACGAUGAUAUUAUGGAAAUAUCAGGUACCACCAUAGGUGUAGGGGUUUUAACAAGAUAUUCCGUUACUUCUCAGUAUGUUAGGUCUUAGGUUUCAUGCCCACGCUGAACGGUUAGAUCCACACAAUAUUAACAGGUCACAGUCAAGGACAUCUUUUAAGUUUGGGUUUGAAAUUAGUAGAUAUGUGUUUUCCUUGCUAUUUCACAUGGCUUUAAAGCAUAAAAGCCCAGAUAGCCAUUGCACAAUAAAGCGCUCCUAGAAUAAAUACAAAUAUCAACUAAACGUGAGUUUGUGGCUGAAUGCAGUUUCUGCACUAAACACUUUUGAUUACUCAAGUGAUAGAAGCAUUGAAGGGAAAGGUAACAAUUGUUAUGGUAAUGCAGAGAACAUUCUGGUGCCCGGCAAUUCCUCCAACUAUAAGAUCUCCCGUAGAUCAGGCAGUAUUUUCUCAGUCCAUUCCUGUCGCAAUCAAAACUUGAUUUGCAAAUCAAGUUUUUUGGAGCAAGCAAAAGUUAUUCCUCUGGUGGUUUUAAAUAAGAGUUCCUCAAAGGCCCAUGUUGCGUAAAAGCUUGGUUCCCAGCCCGUGACAACAUUAUAAGGUGGUAGAACUUUUAAGACAUGGAAGCCUAUGGGAAGUAUGCCUGUCAUUAGAGGGAUGCCAUUAAAGGGAUAUGGGGACCUUAGCUACUGCCUCUCCCUUGCUUGGCUUCCCCACUGGGAGGAGAACAGCUUGCCAUCUGCUGUGACAUACUGCUUUACUGAUGUGCCCAAACAGUAGGCAAUCAGUCAUGGACGGAGCCCUCCUACAUCGAACCCCCCCUCCCAAAAAAAAAAAGCCUUUCCUCUUUCUAAAUGUUGACGUCUCGGGGAUUUCUUACAGUAACAGAAAGCUGACUGACACAUCCUCAUUUAUUUUACGACCUUGAAGCUAGUAGAAACCAAAUAUAAAAUCUGAAGAAGUCAUUCCUAAGCAAUUAAAGGAGGUGGGUCUAAAAUCUGAGUAUUUUAUUUAUUCCUUUUGCUUUUGUGGUGGGGGCGGGGGCAAUGAGAGGGUCCCAUGGUGGGCCCGUAAAGGCAGAAGACACCUUGCAGGAGUUAAUUGUCUCCUACCAUGUUCAGGAAUCAAACACAAGUUAUUAAGCUUGGUGGCAAGUGCACUUAAUAUAUUGAGCCAUCUAGCCGGCCCUGAGCUCUGAGUAUUGUAAUUUUCAAUUCUCUCAAAGAAAAAGAAACAAAACAGGAUUAUGGGGGUGUUAGCAUUCAUUUGUCUAUUCUGCAUGGUUUAUUGUGUGAUCAUCAUUGAGGCUCUAUCGGCACAGUAAAGGAUCAUGCAUGGCUUCCGUUUACAAGAAGCCAAUGGGCUGGUAAGGUAAAUUAUGUAUAAUACUCACACUGCAUUCGGCAGACCAAAGGGUUGUGAAAAUGCUCAGGAAUACAUGUUGUGGGAAUCAUUUGUGAGUUGCAUAAGGUUAAUCUUCUCUUAAUAUUUCUUCCAGUGCAGCAAUCCUAGAUAACUGGUCAUCUUCAGACAUCUUUUUCUUCCUUCCAGUAGUUGGAAUCAAAUUGAAUUUGAUAUAAAAUGUUCUUUUGAACAUCAACUGGAAAGUUCCAUAUUAGUGUCACAAACAAUAAACUUGAACAAGAGUCAAAGCUAGAAAGAAAGGCUGUGAGUAGAAAUGCACACACUUACUAGACUCACUGAGUCCACUUUGUGCCUGGUGUGCUACACUAAUGAGGGUCAGCCUGAUGCUGUAGAGAUUCAUGCUCGGCCUGAUGGCUUUUGAGCACAGCAGACAUUACCUGUGCAUCAAUGAUAAUGCUCAGGUCAGUAGUUUACUGUCACAUAUACGUAGCAAUAGAUACACACUCCUUUUGCAGUCCUGAAAAACUGGAGAUGAAAGAAACUUCCAGAGUAUUUUCCCUUUAAAAACACAAAAAUCAACUCAGCUUAAAAACGGCCUGAUGUGGAAACCAUUAGUUUAAAUUCUUCUGUGUUAAGUCAUCACUUCGUUAUUGCUCUGAGUUGACCAUCACAAGCCAAGGUGUGGAAGUUACAUACUCUUUUCAGCAUCAUCCCUGUGAGGAAAAGACAAAAGCCUUCUUCCCAAAAAGGCAAUUGGCUUAUCCAUUGUAUCUAAUUGUAUCCCUUUACAAUUUUUGUUCAUACUUAAACAUUGUAAUAGUAAAAACAGAGACGGUGAAUAAUAUGAUAGAUUAUUAUAGUUUAGAAUGGAAGAUAUUAUACAAUGGAAUAUAUUACACAAUGGAAUUCUUAAUCUAUUGUUGAAGGGAUUGGAGACAAGACCUUGCCCUUCCUAGGUAAGCAGAUGACCAAAGAGUUACAAACCUAGGCUCCACAGUUUUAAAAGCCUGGCUUAGGUACAUGUGUUUGCAAGUGUGGUUUCUCCUUCAGCCACAGAUCCCUCACAGGAAAAUGGGCUUCAUAACAUUUAUCUUGCAGAAUUAGCUGUGAGGUUUAACUACAACCCAUAGGUCACUCUGCCCCGUAGCUUAGACUUUAAGACUGAAAAUUGUCUAUUUGCAUUCAGUUGCUUCUUCCUCACAUGGUCUGCCCACGGGAUUCUAUUUCAGCCAUUAUUUUUUUUUGCAUAACAUUUGGAGAGACUGUGUGAGCCAGGACUUGGUCAUACAAAGUCUGGACUCUACCUCCUGGUAUAGCCCUCUCCGGCCAUUCUGAAUAGACAUUUAUCUUCACGAGUUUGACAGAUUCCAAUUUGGAAUGUCUUUCUUUGAAACCAAUAUCUGAGUAAGAAUGUUAGGAGUUGGCUGGGAUGUGUGGAGGCAUUGACAAGGGCUACAUAAUUUUAACCCCUGCAGAUUUUUCCAACCCUCGGGGUGGUUCUCAAAUUUACAUGGACUUUCCAGGCUUUUAAACUCGGACCUUGCAGUUGUUAGUAAUAGUUAAGUUUCAUUUUUCUGAUUAAAACAACAAACCAAAAAGAUAUUUUCAGCCAUCGACUAAAAGGGAGAAUGAACAAUAAGGAAUUUAAGAUUCAGUUAUUAACUGCCACUCUAAUCCUCAGGCUUGGUUGUCUUAGAAUAGGCUUGGUGUCAAAGCCCUUGUGAGCCUGGAAGCUGCAGAAAGAACCGUACAGGAGUCAGCCACACACAAAUAAGGAACAAAAUCCAAAUAUUAGAUGUAGGCUGUCGCUGGAUGGCCUCUACUGAAGUAUCAAGUCCAGACAGCUUCGGGACCCUGAGAGCCAAAAAGUGACAGAUCCUACAAGGUGGACAGGAGAGGGCUACCCUGGUUAGUGGAGAGGCAUGCAUUGCAUCGCGGCAUCCUCCGAUGAAGUACUUCACAAAAAUAUAUGUCUGUCCUCUAAGCCAUUUUCUAGGGACACCCUUGUUCACGUCCCGAGGGAUGAGAUGCCUGGGCGCCCGAGAUGGGAAGUUAGUGAACUUUCAGAACAAGGAUAGAUAGCGGAGUCAGAAGGAACUGGAGCUGUGCGGAGCGGAGGUGGAGGCUUCCUGGAGCAUCUUCCUCCCGAGUCUUGCCCGCAAUCGCGCGCGGACCGCGCUCACUUCACCAGCCGCUCGGUGGUUUGCCGGCGAGAACCCGCGCAGGCGAGGGCUAGGGCUAGGGCAGGGCGAGGCAGGCAGGCUGGCUGGAGAGAGGCGCGCGCAGAGGGCGGCGGCCGGACUAUGAGCUCGCCUCCGGGCGGCUGCUCACUGCAUCAACCUGCGGGCUCCCGCUCGGCCGCUGGGCCCCUCCCACCGCACCCCACCCCCGCUGCCCGCCCGCCUCGGGGCCCGGGUUCCAGUUGGUGCGGAGCAGCCUCGAGCGGAGCUCCCGCUCGGGACCGCAGCGGCAGGCGACGUCGCGGCCACCUCCGCUGCACCCUGACUUCUGCCACUCGGGAGCAGGCAUCCACUCCUUCCCGGUCUCCCUUUGUCCAGUCCCCCCAUCCGCUCCCUCCCCCACCCCUUCUCCCAUCCUCUACCCUGCGACACCCUCCCGCCUCUGUCCCUCUUCCCGUGUCCCCGCUCCAGUGCCUCUAGCCAGCGCGCUGCACACCCCUUGGAAGAUCAGCACCCCGUGUUCUCCGAGGGCGAUCGGCACCCUGUGCACCCCUCUCUCUCCUUCAGCUCCAUCUCACCGCCCGCCUGGCCUCUCGCUCUCUGGCGGCUCCUUGCUCCUAUCCCGAGUGGGUUGCGCGUCGGGCAGCCGCCUGGUCAUGUCAGGAUGGAGAUCCGGCAGCACGAGUGGCUCUCGGCCUCCCCCCACGAGGGCUUCGAGCAGAUGAGGUUGAAAAGCCGCCCCAAGGAACCCUCGCCCAGCCUGACCCGAGUGGGCGCGAACUUCUACAGCAGUGUCAAGCAGCAGGACUACAGCGCCAGCGUCUGGCUCCGAAGGAAAGAUAAACUGGAACACUCUCAGCAGAAGUGCAUCGUGAUCUUCGCUCUGGUCUGCUGCUUCGCCGUUCUGGUCGCUCUCAUCUUUUCAGCGGUGGACAUCAUGGGAGAGGAUGAGGAUGGACUCUCAGAGAAGAAUUGCCAAAAUAAAUGUCGAAUUGCUCUUGUGGAAAACAUUCCUGAAGGCCUUAACUACUCUGAAGAUGCCCCGUUUCACUUACCGCUCUUCCAAGGCUGGAUGAACUUGCUCAACAUGGCCAAAAAGUCUGUGGACAUAGUGUCUUCCCAUUGGGACCUCAACCACACACACCCAGCUGCAUGUCAGGGUCAACGUCUCUUUGAGAAGUUGCUCCAGCUGACGUCGCAAAACAUCGAAGUCAAGCUGGUGAGCGACGUGACCGCAGAUUCAAAGGUGCUGAGGUGACAUACAUGAACAUGACCGCCUACAACAAGGGCCGGCUGCAGUCGUCCUUCUGGAUUGUGGACAAACAGCAUGUGUACAUUGGCAGUGCAGGCUUAGACUGGCGAUCGCUUGGACAGAUGAAAGAACUCGGUGUCAUCUUCUACAACUGCAGCUGCCUGGUCCUAGAUUUACAAAGGAUAUUCGCUUUAUAUAGCUCAUUAAAAUUCAAGAGCAGAGUACCUCAGACCUGGUCCAAGAGACUCUAUGGAGUCUAUGACAAUGAGAAGAAGCUUCAGCUCCAAUUGAACGAAACCAAGUCACAGGCCUUUGUGUCGAACUCUCCUAAACUCUUUUGCCCUAAAAACAGAAGCUUUGACAUCGAUGCCAUCUACAGUGUGAUUGACGAUGCCAAACAGUACGUGUACAUUGCGGUCACCGACUACCUGCCUAUCUCCAGCACGAGCAGCAAAAGGACUUACUGGCCAGAUUUAGAUGGGAAGAUAAGAGAAGCAUUAGUUUUACGAAGCGUUAAAGUCCGGCUGCUCAUAAGCUUCUGGAAGGAGACUGAUCCCCUCACGUUCAACUUCAUCUCGUCUCUUAAAGCUAUUUGCACUGAAAUAGCCAACUGCAGUUUGAAAGUUAAAUUUUUUGAUCUGGAAAGAGAGAAUGCUUGUGCAACGAAAGAACAAAAGAAUCAGACCUUUCCCAAAUUAAACCGCAACAAGUACAUGGUGACAGACGGGGCAGCUUACAUCGGAAAUUUUGACUGGGUAGGGAAUGACUUUACCCAGAACGCUGGCACGGGCCUUGUCAUCAACCAGGCAGAUGUGAGAGACAACAGGAGCAUCAUUAAGCAACUGAAGGACGUGUUUGAGAGGGACUGGUAUUCGCCUUAUGCCAAAUCCAUACAGCCCACCAAACAACCGAACUGUUCAAGCCUGUCCAAACUCAAGUCUCCCUCCAAGCAACCUGCCAUGGCCAAUGCCACCGGGAGGGAGCCGCUGAGCGUAUAGCUCACUAACAGACACACAAGGCUUCAGACCAAAUGCAGGAAGGACUAGAGGAAAGACAACAAUUUACUACAUCUUUUCUUUUAUUAAGGAGAAAUAAAAAGCACACUUAUUUAAAAUGUUCUCUGAAUGACAUGUAAUAUCUAGCUAACAACAUCUUAGCACUGUAUAUUAAAUUUAAGACUUUUGUAUCUAUGAGCUCUGACAGAGAAUGUUGUUCUGGCCUAGGAGUUAGUUUUUAAUGACUGCAAACACAUUUUACGACUUGGUUCUUGUCUCCUGAUUCUUACUGGUUUUAGAAUCUUUUCUGCUGACCCAUCAGCACUGGUUUUAAGAAGAAUAACAUGAGGUGAGCCCUUUCCUUUAAUAUUGCUGAAUUCUGGAAUUAGAGGAAGGGGGGAGAAGAUGCAGACAGAACCAAGCAUCUGCCCUGACAUAUCCUCUCUAAGACCUAUCCAGGCAGCUGAGCACAGGCACCUCCAUUUCAUGCCAGCCUUCAAGACUUCUGAAAAACACUCAUUUCUGUCCCCUUGUUCCUUGUCUUCUGAUACCAGGGUUUUGAGGGUAUCAGUCUGUCUUCUGACAAACAUGUUCUUGUUUUACAUCAUCCUUGGAUUCAUCUCAGCAUUAGUUCAAAAAGUGAGAAUGUCUUGGGGAAAUGAUAUGAAUUCCCCAGAAUGUAUACAGAAUGGAAAUCAGUCUUUCACUUUCUCCUUUCAAUUACAUUUUUUAAACACACACACACACACACACACACACACACACACACACACACACAUAUCCUUUCCUCAAGCUCCAAAAAAAAAAAAAAGAAAGAAAAAAAAAAGAAAUGAAGUGCCCCUGCUAAUACCCAGCAAGCCAUUAAGUCUGCAUUUGAAGAAUAAAGCAGUUUCACAUUUCUGUUUGGUUAACAGUAUUAUAAAGGAAAGGUCUAUGCGUCGGUGGAUUUUAAUUUAUUUAGAAUUAUUAUGCUGUUAAGAGUAUGCCAGCAAAUGUUUAUAAUAGAGCUAUUUAAUAUACCUUCUGCUAUUUAAUAUACCAAAUGCUUUUCAGACAAAUGCAAUUUAAAUACUGUGCUUAACAUAUUUUACUAAGAAACAGAAAUAUUGGAUUACUGUUCUAUAAUGUCAUUGUGUGUUGUUUUAUAUCUAUAUAAUAUAUAAUCCUGUAUUAAAAAAGACUGUUGGUACAUGAGAGGGGUGUGACCUCUUCAGGGCCAGAGGAAGUGGUCAAGAUGCCUAUGCCCAGUGUGGCUCCUGACUCUGUGCUCAGAACAGAGCCCUUCCCUCUUUGGCCCCGGUUUUCUAUUGUUAAUGUAGACAAUAAUCCUCACCUACCUCGCAAGGAUGCUGUCAUGGUAGGCGAUAUUUAUAAGUUGUUUUUGAAAUCAAAAGAACCUAUAUAAAUGCUAAGCAUUAACAUUGCAUAAUCUUUUUCUUGAAAUAAUCUCUGUGGUAUCCUGGUAGCACCAAUACCAGGCACUCUCCCGAAGAAUCCAGAGGGCAAAAUAAAGCACUUUCUGUUUGCAAA